AUGAGCAUAUUUCUACUGAUUAAUCAAUAUAUGAGAAACUUUUAAUUAAUGAGAAUUUACUGUUUUAUUUCAACUCACAGUCUUAAUUUUAAGAAUGUUCAAAUACAAAAUAGUAUUAUAUAGCAAAUGGAAAAUUAUAUUUUACUGAAUUUGAUAAGGAUGGGAACCCAAAAUUUAAAAUUCAAGAAGGCCCAUUUAGGGUUUGCUUAAGUAAAAAAGAAUUCGUAUUAGAUGGCGAUGGAAAAGAGUUUUCUGGCAAAUCUAACCUUAUUAAAUUUUAAGGAUAAUUUGAAAAUGGCAUUUUUAAGGAUGAUGCAAGAAAUUAAAGAUCAAAAAGCGCCCCAAACAAAAAGAUUAAAAUAAUCGAUGUUUAAACAGGUUUAUAAGUAAAUAAUAACGAUUAACUUAACAAGUAUCAACACUAAUUCCUCUAAUGUGAAAGUUGGUGCAAAUAUAACUAAUAAAUUUCAAUAAAGGAUAUUUAGAUUCUAGAAAAUAAUCGACGAUUAACAAGCAGCAUUAUUGAUGCUUAUGUUUUGUACCUUAAUUUAGAAAGUGAAAAAGAUUAUUUUUCAAAGAAUAGAAAAAAUCGAUAAAAUAUCAACAGGAUCCUAUUUUUACCAACUACUCUGACUACUAAUUUUGGAAGAAAUUAUACUGAUUAACAUACAAAGAACAUCUAUGAAGCUGAAUUGCUAUAAUUUUAAGAUCUGAAUUAUGACUUAAAAAAAAUAUACACAUAUAUAGGUAUGCCUGUAAACAAGAAUAACUAUCAUUGGUAUUUUCUACUUUUUGAUUUAAAACAGAAUAGUUGUACUGUUUUUGACUCUUUAUAAAAGCCUACUAAUCAGAUGAACGUAGAUUAACAGUUAAUUCUUGCUCUUGAAAAGUUAUUAAAAAUAAAGCAACUUAAAAAGUAGUUCUCUAAUUUUUCUGGUUAGUAAACUGACGGUUAUUCUUGCGGAUAUCAUGUUUGCUAAUUCAUGAAUUAUUGCAAAACGAUAUAAUUUGAACCAAAAGUAAAUUAUGAUUUCAAAUUAAAUGAAAUUAAAAAAAAAUUGUUAACAAUUAUUAAAAAAUGA